AUGGAGUCUCACAUCCUAAAUACAUAUCAUCAAGCGCGUUACCGGUCUAUAGGGCACAAACUUCUUCGUUCCAGCGAAUUGAUAUCCUCAGAUAGCAGCUGCACGCACAAUAGUCCUGAGUACCAAAAUACGGGCAAACAGUAUGGCAACGAUUAUGCAUGGAAGAGACAGGAUUGGAGCCGAAAUCAGACUAUAAACAUGACGAAAAGUCAAGAUUCAAGUUCCGAUGAAGAGGAAAACAUAGAAGUUCAAGAGGUGUCGUUUGAAGACAGACCACCUGGGACUUUCCAGUUAGAAAGUGAUACAGUAGAAGAAAACAUCUUAGUGGAAGGAGAUGAUUAUGAUGUCAUACAGGUUUUCGCUGUCGACCCAAAUUUAGAUUUCGAAGUAUCUACAGAUGACGAGGAACACGGCGAUUUUGCAAUAUUAGAGAAAAAGUCAGAAAACGACACCGAAUAUGUCGUAUCUCAGGAGAAAUUGACAAACCAAAUAGGUAACUGUGAAACGACUUUACCGUCAGACGUCCUAAACUUCAACCUAGACACGCCAGUGGUUUCAAAUGUCGAUGAAUACUUUAACAAGGAAGAUAAAGAUAUACUGGCGAUCAAAGAUGAGCCGGUUGUACACGACGUCGACGAAUAUUUUAUUAAGGAAGAGAUACCGAAGGAAAUAAACGUGGACGAUUUCUUUAUCAAAGAAAAGCCGCCCGAAGACACGCAGUUUGAUGUUAAGCCGGCAGCUGUUGAAGAGUUUUUCGAUCCUAAAGCUAUUAAAGCUCCUGAGGAACCUUCCGAAACGGACACAGUAGAAGUGCCUAUAAACGAGUCUGAUUUAGAGGUCCUGCCCAACAUUGAAGACUUGAAAAAGUUUCUCUUAGAAGACAUGACAUAUUCUAAAUUCAAGAACGCACAAAGAUCAUGCUCAUUGCCGCAGUCACCGAUGCACAAUCUUUGCCUUGAUAUUGAUGAUUCUAAAACUUGUCUAAGCUUUGAAGACUUGAACCUUGAUCUCUCAGAUCUCACUUUUGAUAAUGACAAAGACAAGUCUGGUAAAAGUGAUGAUGUUCCGCGUACUCUGACUGACGAGGACGUUAAUAGCUUCUUAAUAACAACAAAGCCAGAACCCUUGGAGCGACCAAAAAGCGUUGAACCAUUGAAUGAUGAUUUCAGUCAUCAAGACAUGGAGAUAGAUCGACCCGUUGAAUCUAUUGUCAAUACGGUUCGGCCAAUAAAAACGGAGGGGAUUCGUUCGUUAAUACGUACUUCGACUCUAGUCCCAAAACCAUCCGUUUUGGAUUAUGCAAUAGAAAAAUCAACCAUCAAGAAAGAGAAGAUUGAUAUAAAGAUUGAAGUGGACGAUUUCGUUGACGUUGAAUCUUGCAAUGAUACUGUCAUACCAGUACUAGAGGCGAACAACUUAAACUCUUUAUUAGAACAGUUUGAGGCAACAGAGAAGCUAAAUACUAAGUCUAAGCGACCAGUGAUAAAGACAGAAGAACAAAAAGUGAAAAGUGCUUGUUUAACUAAUGGUAUGAGGUUACAAGAUGCGGGCGUUCAACUGAACAAAACUAAAAUGCGACAAAUCCUGAUGCCGUCGACUAUAAACGCUGCAGUCAGGAGAUCGCCCAGUCCGGUGCACUCUGACCACGAUUAUUGCUCGUCUAAAAAGCGAUACAGUCUCCCUAACAUCAAAAGGGGGCAGAGUCUCCUGAAACCUGAAGUGUUGUCUAGCAACAGUCGCAUUCUAAACUCUAGGCAUAGAACAUGCAAAAAUAAAAAAGUAGUUUAUGCUCUUAGUAGUGAUGACGAAGCUGAUAAGAAUAAGGCUAAGUUGAAGAAACCAGGGACACGCAGUGAUGAUAAUGACAUUAAAAUUAAGAAGCCUAGUAUCAAACAAACUGUGAAACUCAUACCGCAAGGGACGCGUAAAAAACUUUCUCCCGUGCGUGCUCUUAACGAUUCUAAAGAUAAAAGUAACAAUUCUGUGAUUAUCGAAGAUGCUUGUGAAGCGAGUGAUACUCCUAUUAGUCAAAAUUCUAACAGUAGCAUUAAGUUAACUAUUAAAAACAAAUCUGAAGUUAUUCUUAACUGUGAUGAAAAAGACUCUCAGAAAGAUAAAACUAUCGAAAAGGGUAAACCUAGUGUGAGUGACAAAGAAACUAAAUCUAUUAAGGUAGACGCUCAGAACAAUAACAAAAAUAAUAAAAAUACUAAAUAUGUAAAAGAAUUAGUUAGCAACAAAGUUAACAGUGUUAGUAGUCUAGAGAAGUGUAUCAAUGUAAAUGCAAAAGAGGGAUCCCGUCCAAGAGAGGAAAACUUUUAUACGGCUUUAUUUAGUAAUAAACAAGAUGUCCAGAUACCACAAACAUUGCAAGUGAAACCAGAAAAAAGAUCAUUUGAAGAGGAAAUUAGUAUAGCAACUAAACUUCCGAACAAAGAGGAACAACCCCAAAAGAAGAAAAAGCUUAACCUCCAGGAGUACAAAAUGAGGCGAUGCGUUAGUUCUAACAGUAGUUCGGCUGCGGUGAGCCCUGAGGCUAUAUUUCCUGAUAUACAGAAUCCAUUCGGCAUAGAUAAGACGUCUAAAAGUACUCCCAGCCAAACGCCACCGAAUGGUCUGAUAGAUAUGAAUGAACAAAUUAACAACGAGGCUCCAAAGAAAAUAUUCGAUCCGAUACGGGAAGCUUCCAGAAAAAUCUUAAUGAACACAAGAAAACAUAAAGCGGAAGCUAUGAGAAAGAGAGACGAAGAUAUUGUGAUGAGUAAAAUACCGAAAGUCGAGAAUUUGGAACUGCAACCAUUAAUAAGUGACGCUGAAAUGAUGAAAAUAGUGGGGAUGGCUCCUGCUGAAAUUUUACCGAAACCGAUCACAAACGAGAAACCACAAAUUCCAGCAGAAUAUGAAGAAAUCGUUAUGGUCAGCGUUGGAGUAAAUACAAAUGAGAUAAUUUUCAAAGAACUGGAAACUUCUCAAAGAAUUAAGAAAUCACAAUCGCCAAUCGAUUUAAAAUCUGUUAUCAACUUUAAAAUUAAAAAGUCUGAUCACGUUCUCAAACAAAAUGUAUUUGACGCUGUAAAACGCGAAAAAAGGAGUCUUAAUGAUGAAAAGAAGCAGUCUGAAAGCAAAAUUGAUAAAGAACGUUUUAAGGACAUAACAGCCACUCUAAAAAGUGUUGGAAAACAAGUUGAUACCAAAAUAUCAAGCAAUUCUUUGUUUGCUAGCAUUCAAGACGUGGUCAUGAAAAAGGCACCUGAUGAAGUUACAGAAAAAUCUCCGGGGAAAGAUAAACGUUCAAAAUCUAACUCUCCUAAACGGAAAGCAGUUACAUAUAUUAAAACUACCAUUGUCCGAGAGUACGACGUUAAUGCUGACCACGGUGAAGACAAAAUCAUUUUACAUCUCGAAAAAGACAGAAAGAAGCCCCAAUUAUCUGAAAUGGUCAUUCAAACUGAUCCGAAUCCUGAAUUUGGUAAACUAUCUUCAGUAACUGUAGAAAUUCCAGUUGAAAGGACACCAAACAGGAAGAGGAAUGAUAGCGAUAUGUCAAUGUCUAGUGAAAGUAGUCCAUCUCCCAAACAAAGUCCUGCUAAGACUGAAGAAAGAAAGAAGAUUGAGCGUCCAUCUCGGAAUAGGUCGCGGUCCGUAGAGAAGCGUUCGAGGUCAAAAAAUCGCUAUGACAAAUAUAGGCGAUCGCGAACUCGUUCCCGAAGUCGUAGGCGACGUCGUUCCCAUAGCAGAAGUUGUAGUCGAAGUAGAUCUCGCUCUCGUGGAAGGUUCCGACGCUAUCGUCGUUCAGAUUCUCCGUAUAAAAGAAAACGUAGGUCCAGAUCGCCUUAUCGCCGUCGAUCGCCAUCGGUACGUCGGGAGUAUCGGUCACAGUGUUCUCGAUCAAGAAAAGUGAUCGAGCCGAAGAGUCCGCUUAAAAAGAAGAGUCCACAUAAAAUUGUCGAUAGAAAAUUGGAGAAGUCAAUAACACCUCCGCCGCGCAAACCGACCGUUUCAGAAAGCUCGGUUUCUUCGUCUAGCUCAUCUUCUUCGUCGUCGUCUAGUUCUUCAGGCGAGUCGGGAAAGUCUUGCAGAUCCUCGUCCAGGAGAUCCUGUAGUCCAUAUAGGAGAGACGACUGUAGGAAGAAGCGAUAUCAUAGUCCAAACAGCUCAGAAGAUAGAGAAAGCAACACACCCGUGGAAGAGCGGCGGAUCGUUUUCGUAGGCCGGCUCGAGAAGGAUGUCGUAAAGUCCACUCUACGUUCGCUGUUCUCCAAGUUUGGACCAGUCAUUGAAGUGCGACUACAUAGCAAGGAAGAUGGAUCCCGGUAUGGUUUCGUAACCUAUCAGCGCGCACGCGAUGCCUGGUCCGCCGUCGAAGCUGCCGGUACCUUCCCGCAGUAUGACGUUGGCUUCGGCGGCCGCAGGGCCUUCUGCAGGCAGAGCUAUGCUGAUCUUGAUGGCCUAGAAGCAAAAUACACAGAAUCUGCGUUCCACGGUGCGGGUACGCUUCCACCACGACGUGACAAUGACAUGUCGUUCGAACAAAUGUUGUUGGACAUGAAGAAGAAGCUCAGUCAACGCAAAGGAGAUAAGAAAGACGAUGUUUCUAGAGACGACGAGAAUAAAACUAGAAAUGAUGAUGAGAGAUCCAAGUGGGAUGAUGAGAAAUUUAAGCGUGACGAAGACAGGCCUAAACGUGAUGAAGGGAAGUCUAAGCGUGACGAAGAGAGGUCUAAGCCUGACGAAGACAAGUCCAAGCUUCACGAAGAGAAGCCUAAGCGUGACGAGGACAGGCCUAAGCGCGAGGAAGACAGGUUUAAACGUGUCGAUGAUAGGUCUAACCGUGACGAUGUAAAAUCUAAGCGUGAUGAUGAAAGAUCUAAGCGUGUAGAUAACAGAACUAAGCGUAAUGAAGCUAGACCAAAACGUAACGAUAAAAGACGUUAUAACAACGCUUGACAAUUACAAGGCAGGAUUACAGUUCAAGAUAAAGUUCGAAUGAUAAUUGUAAGGUGACGUGUGUUCGGCACUAUCAUGUAGUGAAGUGAAAUUAGUACAGUGUUUUAUUAUAUGACUUGGUGUUAAUAAUCUUAUCAAGGUUUAAUUAAAUAGUGAAGCACUACUCUUUAAAUAUGCAUCAUUGUUCUGGUAAGUUGUCAAAGUUGUAAUUGUUUUGCAAUUUAGAUAAAUUGGGUAGAUAGGUUUAAAUUGUUGAGGUGUUUUGGCUCUUGUGACUCUCU